UAGUGACAAGAUAAAUAGCAAAUCAUAGCCGAAGGAGGUUUUUUUUUGUCCAAUGGACGUUUAGGACGUAGUAACUAAUCUUAUAAAUAACAAGGUGAGAGCUGUCAGUGUACAUUGACUGCUGCGGUGAGCUAGGUAUCGUGGACCCCGUGUGUACUGUAACAUUAAGGUGAGUUAGUAGUUUGGUGUUUAAGUAUGACAUAGUAUUUUGUCAUUUCGGUAUGAUUAUAAUCGCAUUGUGAAUAUUUUGAAAUGUCCUGUCUGUAUUGCGGGGGCGAAUAGAAAUCGUUAGCAUGCUAGCCAGCCAUACAUUGUAGGUGAAGUGGACGGCCAUUCAAUGAUUUCUUCCGAAGAAUGACAUUUUACAGUGAAUGUAUUCGUACUGUAGAAUUCUUAACAGAGAAGUGUGUACAUGGGCAGCCGCGUAUACUGCUGGGAAAUAAACAUGCAAAUGUUAAUUUGCGAAACCAUGCAUGUUGGUGUACAACCGAUCGCUGCGGUGACUCUUCAGCAAAAUGUCUGACUUGCUGGUCCAUAUCCGGGCCUAGUGAACCAGUGCAUGUUUUCAGUCAUUGUGGAUUCAUGUCCCUGAGGAUUGAGAAGGACGUUUAAUAAUUUCUAUCAAAUAUAGUUUGCGUUCUGUACCAAAUGCAGCGUCCUUGUAUUUAAUUCCUGUAUUGGUGUCUGUGGGUCAUUUUUGACCUUCACGUCUCGAGCUGGCUAGACAACUCCUCCCACCAAUCUGCUAGCAGUGUCUGUCUGAAGUAUAUUACAUUUAGCUAGCUAUGGCUAACAAACUACCCAGGUUAGCCAACUAGCUACCGUUUCAUGCUUUCGGCUUUUUGCAAAUAGCUACUACCCUCACUGCAUGUGACAUGGGUUUAAUAAGCCCCAUUCACCCAGGGACAUUUGAUUUGGGAUAGUUUAGAUUUUCCCAUGGUGAAUCCUUCAGUUGUCAUUCGUGCUAAUGUUAACGUUACCUGCCCAGGGGCAGAAUUGCCACGGGGAAAGGGUGUAAUGUACUAAAGCAUGUGGUAUCUUUUACAAUGAAUGUAGCUAGUUUGAUUUUUACUUAUUCAAUCAUAGCAUCGCUAAAGGCUAGCUUGCCUGUCUGGGCUUCAUGUGCACUGUCAACUACACUACCUCGCUACUAAUGCAAUUGGAUUAACUUGCAUUAGACAUAUCUGGAAUCGAAGUUGAUCAUAGCUUAGCUCCCCACUUACAGUAAGUAUUAGUGUUUUGAAAAUAUCGUGUUCUUUAAUGCUGCACUGUCAUUUGCUUUGGGAUCUUGCCACAUUCAAACAAGCCUUGCUAUUUUUCAUGCAAUUACACUUAAUCAACAAAUCGUAUGACCUGGGUGUGAAGAUUGUAACUUGAUUCUUUAUUUGCGCACAGUUGUAACCUCUUGAGAUUCUACAAUCAGAUUUUACCACAGGACCUUAGUCUACCUUUUGCACAUCCUCUGCCCUGAUGCACAUGGGAAAAUGCUUGACUGGUUACCCCUACAGGUCAGGUCAUACCUUUAGCAGUGUAGAGCUGGUUUAGGUGGUGGGCGGUAGCUAAGAGUUGUGCAUGCCUUCCAUUGUAAACACUUUUUUUCUUGUCCAAACGACUGAUUGUGUGCUGGAAGAAGAGACCUGUUAAAUGGCUGGGGAAUUUCAUGGUGGUGCAAAUUAGCAGUUAAAAAAACGUAAUUUGUCAUCUCUCUCCACAGGCACAAGCCAUGUACGCCUGCGCUAAGUUUGUCACCUCACCUGCUGUGGUAUGUAUUCUUUGAAACUACAAUGUCACUGUUUGAUCCUCUGCCAGUUGUGCCUUAUCAGUCUAGAUCUAGCUCUUACACACACCGUCUUGUUUAGCUAAAAGAUGUGCAGCAAAUUAAUAUAUUUCGUAAGGAAUGUAGCACGUGAUGAGAAUGCAUUUAGGUUUUUUAGAAAAAAGAUUAAUGAAUUUGAUGGGAAAGAAUAGUCUAUGACAGUGUUACCUGUAUGUAUGACCAGUGGUCUGCCGGGAAUAAGUUGGGAAACAUCACUAUGUAGGCUAUUAGCCUCUCACCUUGUAGGCUAAUCUAACCCUACAGUACUCAGUCUUUAGUAAGGACAAGAUUUGGAUUGAUCAUGACAUUGCCAUUCUACCAGUCUUCAUGCCUCUGUAAUCCUCCUAGACAUUAGACUAUUAGAUGCAACUCUGUCAGGUCAUAAUCUUGGCGUGCUCCAGAACUCACCUCAGGGUAAUCUACAUUUGGCAGUUUGUUAGUAAUGAUUUAUAAUUAGAGCUUGUUACAAGCUUUUAAGUCUGUCUAGGAGUCUGAUGUGUAGUUGUCUCUUGCAGCUGCGUGGGGGGUCCAGAGUCCUCGCCCGGCCAGUCUCGGUCUCAGUCUUCAACAGACCUGAAGCCAGAAGUGAGCAGCAGGUGAGCCUCUCUUCAAACCAAAUGUAAACCCUGUGACGGUAACGUUGCUAAUAAUUCUGUGCUUAGGUUUGUGUGUAAACCUUUUGUCAAUUGCCCCUUUUUGUGAUAACCUGAAACUAUUAGAUUAGGCAAUUUUAUGUUCAUAAAGUUUGUUUCUUUUCAACUCAUCACUAACCCAUAUUGCCUUUUUAGUUGUAUUCAUCCUGAACACCAGGCUAUUUUAAAUCCCUGUCUGGCUAAAUACUAAUGUGGCCAGUGCUGUAAAAAGGACUGGUAUCCAGGCUAUGUGUCCUUGUGACCAUUUCCACGGGUCCCUUCAGGGCUCUACAGUGUGACCAUUUUACUCGCAUAUCAGCCUGACUAUUUUGUUAUGCAACCUGGAAUUUUUAUUUAGGAGCACCAGUGUGCCUAGAAAAAUGAAGGACUCUAGCUUUGUUACCUCAACUUGCACCUACAUUUUUAAACUUAGGCGCACACAUGCUCCUUGUGAAAAAUAAAUACAUCAUCAUAGAGCCCUGCUCUUGUGUUGACCUUUCUUGACUGGUAUUUUGAGCAGCACUUUUUUUAUUUUACACCCCUUUUUUUUUCCCCCCAAUUUCGAUCUUGUCUCAUCACUGCAACUCCCCAACGGGCUCGGGAGGCGACAGUCGACUCAUGCGUCCUCCGAAACAUGACCCGCCAAACCAUCCUUAUUAACAACUGCCCGCUUAACCCGGAAGCCAGCCGCACCAAUGUGUCGGAGGAAACACUGUUCAACUGACGACCGAGGUCAGCCUGCAGGCACCUGGCCUGCCACAAGGAGUCGCUAGAGCGCGAUGAGCCAAGUAAAGUCCCCCCGUAACUCGGACGACACUGGACUGAUUGUGUCCCUAGCCCAUAUCUGUUAUUACUUGACCCUUCUGGUAGUCUGAGAACUGGCAAGGUGAAGGCAAUAGGGAGCUAUGAGCUUCCAUCGUAUUAGAGGGGGAGGGUGGGCUAUUUAACAAUAAGGCACGAGGGGUUUUUGUAUAUGGCCAAUAUACCACAGCUAAGGGCUGUUCUUAUGCACGAUGCAAAACGGAGUGCCUGGAUACAGCCCUUAGCCGUGGUAUAUUGGCCAUAUACCACAAACCCCCAAGGUGCCUUAUUGCUAUUAUAAACUGGUUACCAACGUAAUUAGAGCAGUACAAAUAAAUGUUUUCUUAUACCCGUGGUAUACGGUCGGAUAUACCACGGCUUUCGGCCACUCAGCAUUCAGGGCUUUCAGGUGGCCUCAGAGGCUGAACUGGAACGAUGUUCUGAUUUUGACCGCUCUGCACCCUGCAUCUUCCCCAGGCCCUGUUGCCUGUCGGUGAGGCCUCUCUUCUGACCCGAGGGUUCAAGACCAGCGCUGUCUCCAGGGACAUCGACACUGCCGCCAAGUUCAUCGGUGCUGGAGCCGCCACAGUGGGAGUGGCCGGAUCAGGGGCUGGAAUUGGAACAGUGUUCGGCAGCUUGAUCAUCGGUUAUGCCAGGUAACUGAUUAACGAAAAGGAUUCAUUCCUUUGUUCGUGGAAGUGGGCAUAUUCAGAAGCAAAAUCGGAUGCAGCAGAAGAAUCGUUGUAAUCAGUGAUUAUGUGGGUGGCAGAGAAAUGCUCAAAUUUUACCACAAGAGUAUUGAUGAAGCGUGUGAGCUGGUUCAUUUUAAUUUGGGUUCAUAUCAUUAACAAACAAUUUGCUGCUGUCGUCCAGCCUAAAUCUUAACUUUCAGUCCUCUCCUCUUUCUCUCUCUGACAGGAACCCCUCCCUGAAGCAGCAGCUCUUCUCCUAUGCCAUCCUGGGCUUUGCCCUGUCUGAGGCCAUGGGGCUCUUCUGUCUCAUGGUGGCGUUCCUCAUCCUGUUCGCUAUGUAAUUUAGUCACACCCUGUUCCCAUCCCUGUCACCUCCCUUCUCCCAGGGGAAUCGGAACUCUUGAUGCGAAGCUCACGAGGCCAUGGCACCGCCAUUCCAAUCAAAAUCUACGACUACAAAUCCUGCCUUUUUAUGUUCCCCUUUUUUCCAGAAGUUUUACAUAUGAGUUCACUUUGGUUUAGACUGUCUGUCUGAAUAAAUGGUUGGGAUAACUAUAAA